AUGCGAACAUUGUUCACGAUAUUAGAUGUAUCCCUCUCGGCAUCCGGUGCAAUUCGCACUGGAGAUAUGAUUGGCGGUCCGUAUGGCCCAUCAGCAACAGUGAUGAUAACGGAAAAUAAUUCCACUACAGAGCCUCGCCUCGCUGAAGGUGCAGAUCCCGCUGUGUUAACACGAACAACAACUUGCACGAACUGUGGAGUAGAGGGAAGUGAUUUAUAUUUUUGUCCAUGUUAUCAGGCACAGUACUGCAGUACGGAGUGUCAAUCCGUUCACUGGGCAUCACACAAACAGAACUGUGGACAUGGGCGAAGGAAACCGCAGUUAGCACUAUUAUCAUGUACGUAUUGUAAUCAUAAAUCAUAUACACUACGAAGAUGUCCAUGUGGGUAUGCCCUCUAUUGUGAUAGAAAGUGUCAAAUUGAUGAUUGGCCACAUCAUGAAGGUAUUUGUACUGGAUCUGGUAUAUUAAAAACAAAUUCUUUUACACAUUCUUUAAAACGAGUAGAUGUUGGAGUUCAAACCCAAAAUGAUGCGGCAUCUCCAGCUGUUAGUUCUAGUGUGAAUGGUAUAAUACCAUUGCGGAAUAAUUCCACAUCCCGUACUGGGGGAAUUCGCAUUGCUCAUUUCUCUGAACGGAUCACAGAUACGGAAGAUGGACAUCGUGCUGAAAGUAUUGCAACCGUUCCAAAUGGUAGUGUUGGUGUGAGUAACAGUUGUUUAUUUCAACCGAAUCGUUCUAACGAAGCAUUACGGGCUCCAUUGAAGAUAUUAAUGGAUAGUACCACACAUCCAUUUCCCCGUGAGGGACAACCGGACUCUAGUUUUAUUGACUUUGAUCGAGUUGACUGCGAAAGUGAGGUGAGUACAGAUCGGGAAGGAAGUAGUAACAAUGGAGGAUCUUUACGUCCAAAAGAGGAUCAUCACACACGUAAACGUAGUUUGGGAGAUCCGCAUAGAUCAAUCGUAUUUGGCAAUAAUUUUCCCAUUAAUAGUAGUAAUAGUAAUAAUAAUCCUCUACAUGAUUCUGCAACGUUGGUGGAAAACCCAUUGAUUGUGGUUCCUAUUCGAACCACCUUUGAUACACUACCAGGACUAGCAAAUUAUCUCGCCAGUCAAAACAAAGACAAUGGGACUAUUGUAGUUUUAGCUUCAUUUGCAAAUUCCAUCGCAGAAGAGACCGCAGCACGGCGGGAAAUUAGUCAAGCAAAUAAACGAGAAUGGGCGGAGAUUAUGCGGCGCUUUGUACUCGGUCGUGUACGAAUUGCCCUUUCAGAAAUGAACGCAGAGGAGGAGAAGUAUCGAAAAGAGAUAUUAACAGAUUCCAUUCUUUGGCGUCGUAAAAUAGCUUACCCUGCCUAUAAGGAUCUUCAGAGGAUGCUGAUAAAGCUCUAUUAUCGUCAGUAA